CAAAUAAAACUAGCUGUAUAAGAAAACAGAGCUUGUGCCCACUGCAAAUUCUAGAACUUCGCAGCCUGUGAAGAAAAGCACUUCGCUUUCUACGAACAUGAUUCUAUUCCUGAUUAGUUUUCUGCUAUUUCCCAUCUUUACAACAAGUGCCGAAAAGAUAACCGUAGGCGAAAAGAGCAUAACUAUAAAUAUGGGCAAAUGUGUUCAGCCCAAGUGCGGGUGCGGAAGAAGGUGUCUGGAAGAGGGAUUCUUAGGAUCAAGAUGUGAAGCCGUGUGCAAAUGCCGUAAUCCUUUCUAAAAAAUAAGACAUUGAACAUGUAUGCUUGCAAAGCACAUUUACGAAUGUCUCCUAUUUUGUGCAUGAAUUUUGUAAUUUUUGCACAAUAAAGCAGUUUCAGC